AGAGCCUCCCGUCGUGCGUAAGGCAGCGGCGGGGGCGGCGGUUCUUCAUAAUUCUUGCUUUCUAGGAGUUCGCGGGAGCUGCCGCCGGGGAAGCGCCGCCAUGGCGCGCAACUCCGGCCAGGUCUGCCACUACUUCUUGCAGGGCCACUGCCGCUUCGGCGACAACUGCUGGAACGAGCACCCGCGCCAACACGCCGGCAGAGCCAACGCGGGUAAGCAAGGGAGGCUGUCCCGCUCCGCCUCUCCGCCGCCGGCUUCUCUCCGUCCCCUCGCGCCGGCCGACCUGCUGCCCUCCAGAUGGGCGCCGGCUAGGGCUGCCCCCUCUAUACUGGCAACAUGCGGGGAGGGCGGUUGGAGGGAGGCCGAUUUUUUUUUCAUCUGGUGCUGAAGUGACUUCAGAGUAAUCCGUUUCAGUCUAUUGUAUCCAGGGCCGGAUUUAGUUUUGAUGAGCCCCUAAGCUACUGAAGGUAAUGGGGCCUUUAUAUGUCCAGCUGUAACUUUGUCAACAACAAACUGUCGCUGUUUUUUGUGUUGAAUAUAUGCUAUAUGGUAAUUUAUGGACCUAAUAGGUAUCUAAAGCCAUUUGCACAUAACAAAAUAUGUAUUUUAUCAAAGUAAUGGUUGAAUUGAAAUACAAUUAAGAAGUAUAUUAGUGAAAUAAUUAUUAAGCUCUAACUUAAAAUGAUAUUUUAUUCAUAACAAACUUAAUAAUGCAAACACAUUGGCAUUUGGCAAUAACAAAAGUUCCUUUAGAAACGCAAUUUACGAAGACUCAUAAUCUAGUCACUAGGAACUUGCUAUAUCAUGAAAUAAUAAUAGCAAACCAGUGAUAUUUUAGGAAGCAGGUGGGGCACAUUACUUACAUCAUAGGAGCCUACACAACAUACAACACCGUGGCUGUAUGUAGGUUUUAUUUUAUUUGUUUUUUAUCUUAUAUUUUGGAAAUGUACAUCCAGGUUUUUUUCCCUUCAAAUUUUUUUGGGGGGCCCCAAGAGAGGGGCCGUAAGCUAUAGCUUGUUUAGCUUAUACGUAAAUCUGGCACUGAUUGUAUCCUAACAGGACGGACCCUCUGGAAUUUGCCACUCGUGCACACACACAAAUUUGUAAAUGUGCCCAGAGCUUAGCUAUAGGACCUUUCCAACACAUGCAUGUGGAGAAGAUCCCCAGUCUGGCAGAGGGGUUGAGAGCAAGAGAGGAGACCUAAAAUACAGGACAAAACUGUAUCAAUACAAGAUGUAGUAUUUUACAUUGAAAUAUGGGACAAUCCUGGACAGGUGGCAACCCUAGCGUUGGCUAGGGCUGAUGGGAGCUGUAGUCCAGAACAUCAGGAGGGCACUGGGUUGGCGAAGGGUGGCUUGGAAGCAAGGGAAGGGAAGCAGCCAAUGCCGCUCUCUCUCCCUGGUGUGGCUGACCCAGUGGGCUGAGCUGAGAGUGGUGUUGCCGUGAUCAUAUUGUUUGCGGCUCUCUUGCAUUCCCCGGCCACUGCCACCAUCCUCUGGGAAAAAAACAGGGCACGUCUAGACCAGCCUUUUCACAACCUCGGGUCCCUGGAUGUUCUUGGACUACAACUCCCAUCAUUCCUAGCUAGCAUGGCUAGUGAUCAGGGAUGAUGGGAGUUGUAGUUCAAAAACAUAUGGGGGGGGGACACCAGAAGUUGAGAAAGGCUGGUUUAGACUAACAAGACAAUCCUAACCUUAGCUAGGUAGCAGUGGGCGUAAUGUAGCCUUGCUCUGUGCCAGGUCACCCUGGAGCAGGUGUAGCAAUUGGUCCAAUGCCUUGCCUCCCCACCCCUCAGGAUACUAGAUUUUGAGACUUUCUGCAGGCUGUCACAGGUGAAAAUUCAACAGGCAGCAGGAGUAGUGAAGCUGGUGUUUCUCAUAACUCUUACUUAACACAUCUCUUUCUUUCCCAACUGAAGGCUCCGGUCGAAGAGUAGCAUGGAGUGGACAUAAUCAGAAAUACAGUAACCCUGUACAGACAUCCAGUUUUUCCAAGUCAACCAGCUGGCACAACAGAGAUUCUGGCUUUUCACAGAAUAGAUAUGCUGCAUUAAACUCCACUGAAAAUGUUGGUAAUAGUGGCAUUGUAGAUGAGGAAGAUAAACUUCUGUAAGUAACAAUUUCCUAUCUCUCAAGUUUUAAUAGACUUUAAAUAAAUUUUAUUAAAUGGCUAAUUAAAAAACAAACCUGAACCCUAUGGCUGCAGUCCUGUACACACAAUUGUUAAUAUCCCAGUGAGGUAAAUAGGAGUUAAGAAGAAUUAACUGUGUACAGAAUGCCUGCCUGUGACAUUUUCUUCAUAGCGGCCUUUGCUCAUAAAAGUUCUGGCUAAUUAUGCCAGUUUGGGCAUAAUUAGCCUGAAUGAGUGUUGGUCAUGCUUAUUUCUUAUGCUAUUGGCUCCAGCACUUUGAUCCUGUUUAAAGCAAAUCCUGCUGUGUCUGAAGUGGUAGACCGUGGCUUAAUGAUGCUUUAGUUAACACUCAUCCAGAGUUUCCUGUUUCAGAUGUAAUGGGAACUGGUUUCCUUUAAACAAGAUCAAACUGCCAAAGCUGGCACUCAAGGAGAGGGAUGAGGGAGGAGCAUGUGAGUCUGACACUUGGUCCUGUCUUCAUAAACUGCAUUUGGGAAUGAAAAAGGGGAAAGACUAGCCUAAGAUUCCUAUCCCAUUAACAGAGAAGAAUUGUUUCUUUUCAGAUAAUUUCAAUCAUGUUAAUGUUUCAUUGGUGUAGCUAAUUUUUGUUCUGACAGCUAUUUAAAAAAUGUGACUUGGUACAAAUAUGUUUCAGAUUGGUUUGAUAUUGGCUCUGAUGCAGCUCUUGCUUCUUAGUUGUGUAAAACCAGAGGCUCUAGAUGGGGAUGUGCAUUGCCAUCUGCAUCAGACUGGAUUGGCAUCUGUGCCCCCAAAUGAUGCAGAUGUGGAUUUCUCACACUGAAUCACUUAACAGAUUUUUUUUUAUUCAGUUGUGAUUUUCCCUGCUUAUUCAAGUACAUCCUGUUUAUAUUUGAUCUUGCACCCACUCUUUACACUUGUUUUCUUUGAAUUUUAGAAACUGAAAAAGAGUAUUGUAGCAAGCCACUUAUAAAACAUACUGUUUCUUCUUAUCACAGUAAACCUUUGACUUGGCUCUGUAUUUUUUAAAAAACACAUUGAAUCUAGCUUUAAGUAGGUCUACACUGCCUAUCUUUGGUUUCAUUUGGCUUAUGACUUUUGAAUGUCAUUUAUUCAGUGAAAUUAUAAUGAAAGACAUGGAGAGUUGGGAAUCUUCAGGACAAUGGAUGUUUUCCACCUAUUCACCUACGAAAGAAAAGCCGAAUAUAUCAGGUAGAAUCUUUCCUAAUCCUCUUAAUUACCCACACAUGCUUAGGUUUAUUUCUCACUUGAAUACUGUUAUUGGAUCCCAAAGAAUGAGAAGUGUGCUUAUAUAAGUGAACAAAAGCUGUCUGUCUUUUAUCUAUCGUUCUUUUUUUAAUGAGGCUUUGGUAUGGACAAUGCUUCUAAAAUUUCUGUUCAUUCUAGCAUUUAUUUAACUAACCCAAAGUGGGAGUUUUUGCAAGACCAGAAUCUAACUACUUUAUCAGGUGGGCAAUUUAUAAUAAUGUGAUUUGCUAACUUGGCCUCCUUGUAUUAUUUAACCCAGCUUUAUCUGUUGCUGACUGUCAUGGCAGCUAUAGGCUCCAUGAGAGAAAGAAGAGUUGCGAAACCAAUUUUUCCUUUAUGAUUUUAGAAGUGUGUAGUUGGGGUAUGUACAGUAUAUGUGUCAUUGGCAAUAGAGAAGGAUUAAAAAUCUACCAGUGGGCUGUUUGGUCUUUUGCUGUCUCUGAUUCUUCAUUGCUAAUAUUACUGCUCCUGGACAGUGUUUCCUUUCCCAGCACUCAGCCAGGCUCGAAAAGUGAGCCCAGCUUUGGGAAGAACGGAUGUAGAAGGCACCUGAAAAGGAGAAUUGAGAGGCCCAGAAGGGGCUAAACCAGGCAUAGGCAAACUCGGCCCUCCAGAUGUUUUAAUAAUAAUAAUAAUAAUAAUAAUAAUUUUUUAUUUAUACCCCACCCUCUCCAGCCAAGGCCGGGCUCAGAGCGGCUUACAAGCAAUAAUAAAAACAAGAUGAAUGAUUACAACUUAAAAACAAAAAUAAAAUACAACAUUAAAAUAAUGGAACAUUAAAAUGUAGCCUCAUCGCAGGAGAAGGAAAAGAAAAGAGAAAGAGAGGGAGGGAAUCAAAUUGGCUCCAAGCCAAAGGCCAGGCGGAACAACUCUGUCUUACAGGCCCUGCGGAAAGAAAUCAGAUCCUGUAGGGCCCUGGUCUCAUGAGACAGAGUGUUCCACCAGGCCGGGGCCAGUGUUGAAAAGGCCCUGGCUCUGGUUGAAGCCAAUCUAACUUCCUUAGGGCCUGGGACCACUAGAGUGUUGUUAUUUAUGGACCUUGAGGCUCUCCGUGGGGCAUACCAGGAGAGGCGGUCCCGUAGGUACGAGGGUCCUAGGCCGUGAAGGGCUUUAAAGGUCAAAAGCAGCACCUUAAAUCUGACCCUGUACUCCACCGGAAGCCAGUGUAGCUUGAAAAGCACUGGGUGAAUAUGCUCCCAUGGCAGAGACCCCAUGAGGAGCCUCGCUGCAGCAUUCUGUACCCGCUGGAGUUUCUGGGACAGCUUCAAGGGCAGCCCCGCGUAGAGUGAAUUACAGUAGUCAAGCCUGGAGAUGACCGUCGCAUGGAUCACUGUGGCCAGGUGGGGCGGGAAAGGUAAGGGACCAACUGCUUGAUGCGGCGAAGGUGGAAAAAUGUUGCCUUGGCUGUUGCUGUAACUUGCGCCUCCAUGGAAAGGGAGGCGUCAAGGAUUACACCCAAACUCUUAACGGAAGGCAAUGGCACUAAUUGGGCCCCCGCAAGAGAAGGGAGUUGGUCCCUCAUCCCCAUGCCAUCCCGACCUAGCCAUAGGACCUCUGUCUUCGAAGGAUUUAGUUUCAAUCGGCUCCCACGAAACCAUCCAGCCACAGCUUCCAAGCAUCUGGUCAGUGUGUUUGGGGCCGAGUCGGUGUGGCCAUCCAUCAGCAGAUAGAGCUGAGUGUGAGGACCAGUGGCCAGGGAUGAUGGGAGUUGUAGUCCCAAAACAUCUGGAGGGCCGAGUUUGCCUAUGCCUGGGCUAAACACAAGUUCUCCCUACCACGCAUUGCUUGUUACCUGAAUAAAUGUAGAGUUGAAAUUGCAUUUCUUCACACAAUGUCUUGAAUGGAUAAAUGAUUAAUUUGCAACCUGGCAUAAGCUCUAAAUUAAGAAAGUACAAGGUAGCACAGAUCACAGAAUAUAUUACAUACCAUGUUUUGAAGUAACUUCUGGAGUCUUUGAAGUAUCAUGCUUUUGAAAUAAGACCCCAAUGCAUGGUGAAAGCUAUUAAUCGAUUCUCUGGUGCCAUUGUCAUUUGCUUUUAUACUUGGCCUGUGUCUCUUGUCAACAAACAUGAGAGUUGUUGGGGGAUGCAUUUACUAUGAUUUCAUAGCUGGGGAUAAGAGCAGUAUUAUCUGUCUUUCCAGGUUUUGACUGUUCCUCUUCCUGCAGGGUUUCCAGACUUCUUGCCAGAAGAGUUGCGUCUUGAAUAUUAUAAUAGCAGAGCAAACAACAAUGUACAAAAUUAUGUGAGUCUCUACAUAUUGAUGAUAAAUAACAAGAUGAAAGGAAAAAAACUUAAAAGAUUAUCCAAAAAGAACUCCUUUAACAAGAAUCAAGUCUUUUUGUCUUAAGACAGUCUUUAAAAUAAUCUCCCCCCCCCCAUUUUUUUUUUCAUAAUUCCAGUAGCAUCUUAAAGACCAACUAAGUAUAAGCUUUCUACGUAUGAGCUUUCGUGUGUAUACACAUUUCUUCAGAUACUCUGAAGCAGAGGUUGCUACAACCUUACAACUGUUGACGACUGUUAAUGAUGGCAGUUGGUUCCACAGGGAAGGGCAAGGGAUUUUUAAAGGGAUAGAUUACAAAAAUUAACUUUAGCAUGUAUAAUGGGACAUGAAUCCAAUAUCUCUAUUCAGACUAGGUCUCUCCAUAGUUUUUAGUUUGGUAAUGAGUUGUAACUUCUUUUUCAAGUGUAUUUCUAAAAUUCUUUUGCAAUAAGACAGCUACUUUAAGAUCUUGCAUAGAAUGUCCUGGGAGACUGAAGUGUUCUCCUAUUGGUUUCUCUGUUUUAUGAUUCCUGAUAUCAGAUUUAUGUCCAUUUAUCCUUUGGCAUAAGGUUUGUCCUGUUUGUCCAAUAUAGAGAGCUGAAGGGCACUGUUGGCAUUUGAUAGCAUAUUUAAUGUUGGAAGAUAAACAAUUAAAUAGGCCUGGGAUGUUAUGUUUGAUGUUAUUGGGGCCAAUAAUGAUGUUGCCCAGGUGUAUGUGGCAGCAAAGUUGGCAUCUAGAUUUAUUGCAGGCUCUUGUGCCAGUGUCCACGUUAAGUCUGGUUGUUAUAUUAUCGUGUGUGAGGACUUGUUUAAGAUUGGGUGGCUUUCUGUAGGCAAUGAAAGAUUUUCCUUUCGGAGCUUGGGAAAGAAAGCUGUCAUUAUCUAAGAAAGGUUGUAAAUCUCUGAUGAUGCAUUGAACUGUUGAGAGCUGUAUGUGAUUACGAGUGGUGUAAUAUUGUUUAGUGUAAAUGGCUGUGAUUUGGAAUCAAGACCACCGCCCCCAAAAUAUAUACAUUUGAAUUGUGGGGUAGUAAUGACAUUCUUCUGGUUCUGAAUGUGCCAACACAUUUUAAUCACAGCUGCUCAGUAAUUCUAUUCCUUCUUGGUUUGAUUGGCAGGGUCCUAACACAGUCUAAUCUCCCUUUUUUUCCAGAUCAAUUCAGUCCAGCAGUUAGCAAGCCAGUGGAGAAGUCGGUUGCUUGAGCUGAAGAAUAUAAAUGCAUCUACUAAAGCGGCAUUGGUGAGUGUAAUAGAGAAAAUGAAAAGGUCUUCAUUUAAAGUUUUAAAUUUAUUUUGCAAGGUUUGUAAAUCUUUCAGUCAUGUUUCGCGAAGCAGUUCACAAUAAUAAAAUCAGAUUUGUUGAUAGAAGAUACUGUCUCUACAAUAAACAUCCAGAGUAAGGGGUAUUAUUAAUUGGCAUUGUUUAGCUUCUGGCUCUGCUUCCUUGAAAGAUGGUGGUGGCCAAGGGGGUUCAAGAAGGCAGAAAAAUAGGUUACUAAGAGGGCAGGUGUUCUUUAGUGUGUGUGUGUGUGUGUGUGUGAGAGAGAGAGAGAGAGAGAGAGAGAGAGAAAACUGAUGCUUUGCUCUCAGAAGUAGCAGCAGCCGGAGACCAUCCAUGGAGGAGGUAACCUCUUACACAGCAGCUGGAAUUCCUCCUCCUCUUGAGGAAGCUGGCCUUUUUGCACCUUGGACUGGCAGAGGGAAGCCUGUUCUACCCUGACCCCUGCUGGCUGACCAACUGAGAACUCAUCUGCGCUCAGUUUACCACAGGAGUGGGGGAUAUAUCAAGACCUGGGCUGACCAGGGUGGGGGUGCCCCUUUGUGGGGAGCUGUUUCAGAGGGAAUCAAGGGCAAGGAGCAGGCAUGCAGUUUGUGGGAACCUCUGGAUCCUCUGCUGUUGCUUGAGGCUCAGGUGGCCUCAGCAGCACAGAGUGCCUUCCAUCAGCUUCGGCUGACAGCCCAGCUGCGCCCCUCUCUGGACAUGAGUAGGCUAACCUCUGUUGUCUAUGCUUUGGUCACCUCCAGAUUAGAUUACUGCAGUGUGUUAUAUGUAAAUAGGGCUGCGUCUGACGACAGUACAGAAACAGUACAGAGAUCUAUUCAUUUACCUGUGACCUUCCAGGUGUUGCUGGACUUCAGCUCCUCUCAGCAUCAGCUGGUAUGACCAGGAGUUGGGAAUGGUGGGAGGAGUUGUCCAACAACAUCUGGAGGACCUUAGAUUCCCCAUCCCUGCUGUAGAUCCACACCACAAAUAAAGUGAAAUCAUAGUGAUGGUAAUGUAAGUUGGCUUAUUCUAUAUCAAAUAUUUUUUUUUCAAAUAAUUUUUAUUAACAGGCCAAUCAAAUCACAUUAAUUCCAAAUCACAUUAGUUCCAAAUUAUACAGCCAGAUUUUUAAAAUUUUAUUGGGGGUACCCAUACUUCGAGCUCCGAAAGGGAUCCAAACAUCACUCUUGUUGCUGCUUUAAUUACACAGUUCUGUCCAGUUCUGUCCAGAUAGUCUCUUUGUUAUUUUCCUCAUCUUCUUGUUGUUAUCAUAUAUUCCUUUCUUUGUGAUCUCUGAUAAACUUCACAAGCGGGUUGAAAACAAACAUAUCCUGUGUGGAUUUUACACUCUUCAAGAGCCAUAUCACAUAAAGGACAGACGCCAUUUCCACACCUCCACAAAAAACAUUCCCACAGUCUGUCCGUUGAUUUUCACAGGCCUGCGAAACUGUAUCUCAGGGGGCCCUGCCAGGUUAAAUCCACAUUCCGAUAACCAUACAUUCACAUUCCGAUGACCAUGUCCUCCUCCCCCUUGUCCUCCUGUGAGCAGGCCUGUCUUAACAAAUCUCCAUUUGAAACUGCGUCACAAAGCUUUCUUUCCAUCAGAUGUUCCCACCAGUCCUCUCUUUGAUCAGUAAUUUAUUUCCACACAGUUCUUAAUCUCCUGCUUGUGAUUAGUAAUUUGCAACGAUUAUUUCUCUCUGGGAGGAAGGAUUAUUGGGUACUCACAUAAGGCAAAAAAAGAAAAGUUUUCCCUCCCCCACCCCUUUCUGUUUCGCUCCGACAUACCGAUCUUUUAAUGAUGAGUCUUCACUUGAUUUAUUGUCCAGCCCAUCGCUCCACUCACAGAGAUCCCAUUAAUCAGCAGUCUUUACUCCCGAUCUUCACUUGAAGUAUGUGCAUUUGCUUCUGUUUUCAAUUAUAUAUUUCAAGCUGAUGCAAACCAGUGUGCGAUCAGAGACAGCGUCUGGGAGAGCCAGACCCACCCAAGGGCUUCGUGCCUAAUGCCCUCACCCCAUUCUUUCGAAUCUGGGGGUGAAUUAUGGGCACAGCAGGCAAGGCAGUCCCCCCCAUUCCCUUGGGGGGGGCAAGGGAGGCUGCAUACUCCCAUAACAACCUCUUAAUUACCUCGUGUGGGUCGGAGAGAUGUUAUUGUCGGCCAUCUUCCAAUGCGCCCCCUGGUGGCCCCCCUAUUCUAUAUCAAAUAUUUGUUCACUUCUAACUAUGCAUUUUAUAUUGAAUUGGAAGCAAUAGUACCUUUUUUUCUUCUGUAACAUGUAGAACUACUUCUCAUUGUUUUAAGAUAUCUGAAUUUAAGAACACGGCUAGUCAGCCACCACCUGCAUUUGGGUUUGGAGGACAGCAGGCAUCGGCUUUUGGAUCAUCAGGUAGGGAUUUGUUUUGGCUGGUGGUGGGUGGAGGAUUGCAUAUUCUUAGUUCCGAUAGUCCUGGGUUUACUAUCAUUUCUUGACCUUACUGUUGCAAACUAUUGCUUUUCUUUGUGUGACAAUUGCAGCCUUUCCUGUGGAUAAUAAAUCUGCUCAAGCCUUCUCCUUCAAACCAGCUUCUGAACUUGGCAGCAUCUCCUCUGGAAGCACACCUGCGUUUGGGAGCCUCACGAGCAGCCAGGGCACCGCAUCUUCCACCGCUGCGCCCCAUGCCGUCAGCUUUGGAGAUCAACCUGCUUCAUCGGCAUCUUCCUUUUCAUUUAAAAUGGCUACAACCACUCCAGGUGGGUUUGGAGCUUCUGGUUUUGCAGGGUUUGGCAAACCUUUUCCAGCAAGUUCCCCGGAGACUGCGCCUGCAUCAGUGUUUGGGACAGCAGCCAUUACCCCUGCUUUGAAUCCCGGAUUUGGCAAAUCUUUUCCUGCCAGCUCCUCAGACUCCACAUCUGCUUCGGUGUUUGGAACAGCUGCUGCUUCCGCUUCUUUGAAUUCGGGGAACACACUGUUUGGGCAGCCGGCAAGUCUCUCUGGGGGUAAUGCAACAUUGCCCCCUUCCACAACCCCUCCCAGCACCACCUCUGCAAAGUUAUUUACCCCAGAGUCGGAACUGUCUGCUGAAGAACUGGAGCAAUUUAAGGCGAAGAAAUUCACACUCGGAAAAAUUCCUUCCAAGCCACCACCAGCAUCACUUCUAAAUCUGUAAUGUGGCCUGAGGUUGUUCUUACUAUCUUUACCGGUGUGUGUGAAUAUCAGAGACACUUUGAUUUAAUCCUUCGGAAGUUAAAUUCAACUAUGGCUCACCAUAUUGUUUCAGAGAAGUUACAUUUGUUUCUAGAAAUAUGUGAUCUAUUUGACUUGUUGGCUCCAGAAUGAAUAUUUAACUUGAGAGUAUUGCAUAGCAAAAUGUAGCUUUGCAAUGAACUUGAAAAUGUAGGAAACCCAAGCUGUUCUUUUCUUUGGUAGAGUUGGCUUCCAUACUUUAUGGCAAUGCGAUGUUGUGCUAAAGGUACCUUAAAGUCCCCAAAUCAUACCUUUUGGAUACACCAGCUAUUCCCCAGCUAUACCAAAGUUAUAGAACCCACAAACCCUCCAUGCUGUUCUGUUGCUAUAAUCUGGCCUCAACAGCUUCAGUACCACAGUAGUCCUCAGCCUUAGCUUUUCUAGCUAUAAUUGGUUGAUUUAAAUGAGCACAUCUAUCUGCUGUGAUUUGGCGCUGGGACCAUUUGUUACCACAGUGCUCUGCCUUACUGUAAUUCUGAGUACCGUAUUUUUCGCCCUAUAGGACGCACUUUUCCCCCUCCAAAAAUGAAGGGGAAAUGUGUGUGCGUCCUAUGGGGCAAAUGCAGGCUUUGGCUGAAGCCUGGAGAGCGCGGGGGUCGGUGCCCACCGACCCCUCUCGCUCUCCAGGCUUCAGGAAGCUAUCCGCAAGCCGUGGGAGCCCGCAGGAGUUCCCCCCGGGCUCCCACCCAUGCACAGCGCUGCCUGCACCCCGAAGCCCCGGUGCGCUGAGCAGUCGCGCCGGGGCUUCGGGUAGCUCUGUGCAAGCCGCGGGAGGGCUCCCCCGGCUUGCGCAGCGCUGCCUCUUAUCCUGAAGCCCCGGCGCGAUGAGCAGUCGCACCGGCGCUUUGGGUAGCUCUGCGCAAGCCGGUGGAGCCCUCCCCCCAAAAAACUAGGUGCGUCUUAUGGGCCGGUGCGCCCUAUGAGGCGAAAAAUACGGUAUAUCCUCUUAGCACCUAGUCUACUAAAGCCUUCCUCUGUGUGUGACUGUUUUAGCACAACACAGGAAGCAAACAAUAGCAUAAACUAGCUUUCCUCCCUGAUAGCAGUUGGGCUUACCCUCAUUUUCUGUGAAGUAUAAGGACUCCAGAUUCAUGCAAAUACUUUAGUUUUAUUUUAUUUUAUGCGUGUACCUUUGUUUGGUCAUUCUGAUGCUCCAGACAACAAAAACCACUUUCUCAUCAGGUAAAUUUUGGUACGGAAAUCAGUACUGAAUUUGAUUAUGACACUGAAUUAUUUUUGUUUCAAUUUUACUUGUGGUUAAUGAUGGUUUUAAUUUUAAUGUCUGCCGCCCUGGGACCUUUUUGGUGAAGGGUGGAUUACAAAUAUCUAAAACAACUAAAUGAAUUGCUAGUCAUUGACAAUAGUAAAGAUUAACCCCCACGCCAUCUCCUGUCUGUGCACACAACCGCUUUUGCAGUCAGAACUUCAUGCGAGAGACUCGUCGUCAAGCAGAUCAAUUUGAACUUCGGAUCCCUUCUUCGCUUCGCACAUGGUGCCCCACCUCUUACCUUUUCAUCCAGUGUCAAUAGCUGAGCUGUGUGCAAAAGCUGCCAAAAUUGUGGGCAUAACCAGCCACCCUGCUUUGCCUGCCCAUGUGAAUGUAAAGCGUAGUUGCAAAGGGUCAGUAACUUUCGCAUGAAGGGAAAACAUCAUGUAAACCGAUGAUUUUUUAAAAAGAGAGUGAGAGCAGGUAUUUUAUUUCUGUGCAUUAAUUUUGUACUGAAAAUGAAAAUUUAAUGGAUAGCUAUCCAGCUGGUUUAGAGACCCUUUAAUAUAAAUGCAUGACCCCAUAGUAAAGGUAAAUAGGUAAAGAACCCCUGGAUGGUUAAGUCCAAAGGCGACUAUGGGGUUGCGGCGCUCAUCUCGCUUUCAGGCCUAGAGAGCCUUUUGUCCACAGACAAACAGCACCACAGACAGCUUUCCAGGUCAUGUGGCCAACAUGACUAAACCACUUCUGGCACAACGGGACACCGUGACAGAAGCCAGAGCGCAUGGAAAUGCCGUUUACCUUCCCGCCGCAACAGUGUCUAUUUAUCUACUUGCAUUGGCGUGCUUUUGAACUGCUAGGUUGGCAGGCGCUGGGUCAGAGCAACAAGAGCUCAUCCUGUCACAGGGAUUUGAACCACCAACCUUCCAAUCAGCAAGCCCAAGAGGCUCAGUGGUUUAGACCACAGUGCCACCCGCGUCCCAUAAUGACCCCAUAGUACGCCACCCUGAAUAACAGGAAGUACUAUGCUUUCAACUACUGCAGGUGGGGGCAGUGGGGAGGAAUGAGGUGAAAAACUGUUAUGUGUCCUCACGUCCCAGACUAGUUUCAUGUGAUUACGACCACUACUUUCUUUGAAUUAUAGAAUGUGAGAGUCAUUGAUUUUUCACUAAUGGUAGGUCAAAUUUAGAAUGGUUUGAAGUUUAGCAGACACACUAAGGGAGGCAGGGCUAGGGAAGCCACAGAGUUCUCGCCAUGUUGCUGGGCUCCAGCUCCCAUCAUUCUCAGCUGGCAUGUCCAAUGAUCAGAAAUGAUGGAAGCUGGAAUUCAGCAACGUCCAAGGAGCUGAAGGUUCUCCUGCUCUGAUCUAAGGGCUGAUAGGUACGUGUGUCUAGAAAUUUGUCUGCUGUACAAAAGAAACAUAAGCAUUUCUUGCUCUGUCCACACUGGCCUCUGGUUCCUGGAAGGUUGCCCAGAAAAGAAUGCAGCUCAUGGUUCCCUAGGCUGCCUUGAGAGCAUGCCUAUAUCUUCUUUGUUGAAGGAGUCCACUCUUCCUUGCCAACUCCACAUAGCCUUAAGCAAACUGGGCUUUUUGUCUGAAGGCAUGUUUACAGAAAAGCUUUGGAAAUCCCCAAAGACCGAUACUGUAAUUAAUUAAUCUCUUUAUCCUUUGCAGAUCUACUUAGCUGCUGUUCCCUCUUGAAAUAAAAGCACAGGGCAAUUUAUAAACUCGGGCCAUUAAUUUAGAUAUCAAUACCCCCUCUCAAUGUUGAUAUCCAAAACGCUACAAGGAAUGCUUUACUACAGACAUGAGGAGUCUAAUUGCCCCGUUCCCUUCGGUCAUAAAGUAAUUGUCAAUAAAAGCAAUUAGGUUUGCCUUCCACAGUGCAUUCUCCCUUGUAUUCCUGCUGUGUGCAAUAGAUACUUCUAGUGCUCUAUUGCUUUUCAAAAUAACUGUGGAGCAGAAAGCUUAUCUGCUUCUUAGAGUCUAGCAACCAGAUCUAUGACUUUGCCAAAGCAAUGCUUACACUUGGGGGGGGGGGCUUGUGGUGGCAGCUGAUUCUGUAAGUGCAUUAAGCACUGUUGUAGCACAUUGGCAAUGCCAUGCUGGCAAGCUUACAGAUGGGGUAAAUGCAAGGCCGUUGAUGCUGCUGAGCUCAGGUCCUGCUUUCAGGCUCCCUGUAGGCAGCUGGUUGGCCACUGUGAGAACAGGAUACUGGACUAGUUGGGCCAUUGGCCUCAUCCAGCAUAUGUCCUUCGACAGGUCUAGCCCGUUUGUAUGAUAAAAAUAGUUCUUUCCAGAAGGUUUGGCAAUAGAAUCCAACGGUGGCAUUGCCAGGACCACUUUAGUUCCAUGUGGUCAGGCUGCCCAAGGCAUUUAUUAAUCUGGGCUAAUUAGCAUUCCCAACCCUUGACUCACAUCUCACAAGGAUUCUCUUACCUGCUACCAUCAUUUCCUUCCAUUCUUCAGACUUUAUUAAAAGGCAAUCCAGAAUGAAAUUGGUCAGUGAAUGUGAACAAUGAAUGGACCUAUCUCAUUCAUCCCUAUCACCCACCUCCAGGAACAUAGCCUGGUCCUUUUUGAGUAAGCCCAGCCGUACUAGCAGAAUGUUACAUACCCAGAUAGAUUAAAAUAUUAGCAGCUGUGCUGGCCUCACUGAGUAAUAAAUGUCAAGGAAGAGAGGUGCUCUUUAGUGCUAAAUUGAAGUCAAUCCAGAGAAAACCCGAUUGACUCUUGCUCCAAUUCUGCGCUAAACAGCAGGUUUCAUCAGGGGAAAGUGGCAGGACCAGUGGAACUGUGGAAGAGCCCUCCAUGUAAGACAGCUUCCUAUGUUCAGGUGCUCAUCACAAAACUGCCAGAAAGUGUGCAUCUAGUGUGAUAUCACAUGUACAGGUUAUGCUCCCAGGUCACAGUGCAGUUGGCUGAUUCUGAAGAGUGCUGGUUGAUCAUGCAAAGGUUCCUCAACUAAGGAGUGGGAACCCUCACCAAUCAGCGUACUUGCCCAACCCCAUGUUGGAAACUUUUUGUGCAAUGAACUAGCCCCCUUCAGACUCUGCUGACUGGAAGGAAGAUAAGCAAACCAGAGGCAAUGUCAGCAAGGAAGAAGAAAUUCUGGGCUGGGGACUUAGGGGCAGGGCUGUGGGCUUCAACAGGUAGCCCAGUUAGGCCUCUGACAUCAGCCCCAAACUUAGAAAUAUGCCAUAUUCAAUUUCCAGCUUUCAUACAGUGGUACCUCGGGUUAAGUACUUAAUUCGUUCCGGAGGUCCUUUCUUAAGCUGAAACUGUUCUUAACCUGAAGCACCACUUUAGCUAAUGGGGCCUCCUGCUGCUGCCGCAACGCCGGAGCACGAUUUCUGUUCUCAUCCUGAAGCAAAGUUCUUAACCCAAGGUACUAUUUCUGGGUUAGCGGAGUCUGUAACCUGAAGCGUAUGUAACCCGAGGUACCACUGUAUUUCCAAAUUGGUCUUAUAUUGCAUGCAAACUGCCACAUCCCAGUUACACAAGCUGAUUGGUGGUGAAAGGGUGGGAAGAAAAACCAACUUCAGAGGUGUUGAUCCUACAACUGCGAUUACUUUGGAGUAGGGAUGGAGAACCUGUGGCCUGCCAGAUGAUGUUGGACUGGAAUUGGAAUUCAUCAACAUCUGGGUGGCUGCAUGUUCCCCAUUCUUGCUCUACAGCAAACUUUUUAAAAAGGGUUGCUAGAGAAGAUUUAGUGUCUGUGUUCUUGUUCCUUUGUGUAUUCAGUGCUUUCCUGUCAGCCUUUUAGCCACAUCCCUGCAAAACCUCUUGCUUUAUUCUUGCAGAUCACAUGAAAUGUGGUUCCAGCAUAUGCUCUGUCAUGUGCUCAAGGUAAUUAGAUUGCUUCUGAUUAUGCCGAAUGGGUCUGAUGCUCCGGACAUGUGCCCUUUUCCCAUUCUUGCUUUAUUUAGUCUUGGGUGUGUAGAUGUAGCAUCUACACUAUAGAAAACGGUUGCAGAAGAAGUCAAAUGAGGCGCGUGCCUUACACAGUAAAACCAAUGCAAUUUGAACCAUUCCUGUGCCUUAACAAAGAUGUAGGGUAAGCAUGCCACAGAAAUCUUAGAAAAUUUCAGUGUAGAAUGUAAGAGCCCUGUUGGUCUAUCAUGUUUCAUGCAACAGUCUUGGUCCCCAGCAACAACAGACCCUCCAAGUUUCCCUAUUUUCCAGGGACAAUUCUGGAUUUACAGAAGCCGUCCCGGUUUCUGAUCUGAUUAUGGAGGGUAUGGAGUUAUGCGACCCCCAAGCCAAGGAGAACAGUAACUAUGCAAUCUUUAGAAGACAUCUAAAGGCAGCUUUGUAUGAGAAAACUUUUUUAAAUGUUUAAUGUUUUAUUAUGCUUUUAUAUAUGUUGGAAGCUGCCCAGCGUGGCUGGGGCAACCCAGUCAGAUGGGAGGGAUAUAUAUAAAUAAAUAAAAUUAUUUUUUUUUAAUUA